AUGUUGCAGUGUCUUGUGUGGACUUGCCGGAGGGUCGUUCCCCAUGGGCACAUGCGACUGAUUGGAAGCUUCAGGGGGGGAGGAGCAGCAUGGACGCGCGUGGGUCAUAACGAAGACAACGCAGCGAAUACUGCGGAGGGUAGCGCGAUAGAUCACGUGGCAACUUACCCCGCUGAGCACCCUACUCCCCCCUGCGACAACGACGCCGCUGAAAAAAUAACCGAAGAGUACCGGAAAGCGCAACGAUUAAUCCCACUAAGCGAAAGCGAACUGCAAAAAACAAGAAACAUCCUAAUCAAAGUUGUAACUACCGAGGACAUGAAACGCCAAGUUAUGCGCUCGUGUAACGUCCCCAGUUUCUUUCUGCAAGACAUUCAUGUGAGAAACGAUUUUUUGGAACAACUCCGGGGAGACACAGUACAUGCGUUCGAGGUGAGGGAGAUUUUGCAAAACGAGCAAGAAGAAUCCAAAGACGAGAACAUUAAAGCAGGAACCAUGAAGUACGAUAAACUGCUAGCCAUUUUCCAACAGUUCAUAAAAAAAAAUUAUUACAAGCAGUGGAUUUUUUAUGAACAUGUCAGGCGAAUAUGUGACUUUAGCGAGUUGAGCGAACUGGUAAAAAAAAAAAAAAAAAAAAAAAAAGCAAGGAAGCUGUACUUGUACGUUGGACCAACGAACAGUGGAAAGACUUACGAAGCUUUCCAAAGUUUGUGUCAAUCAAGGAAUGGGUUGUAUUGUGCACCUCUAAGAAUCCUGGCAUGGGAAAUCCACAAAAAAUUAAUUAAACUGAAUAAAGUCACCAACUUAUUAACAGGCCAAGAAUUAAUUAAAAAAAAAAAUGCAACACACACAGUUUGCACAGUAGAAAUGACUCCACUGGAUAGACAGUACGACUGUGUUGUGGUCGACGAAAUUCAAAUGAUUAACCAUGAUACGAGAGGAUGUGCCUGGACAAAUGUUCUUCUUAACCUCGACUGUGAACAAAUAUACCUCUGUGGAAGUGACAACAUAAUCAAUUUGGUGAAAAAAUUAGCAGACCUUUUAGAAGACCAAUUAAUUAUAAAGCGAUUCGAACGAUUAACAAAACUGCAUGUACAGCAAAAUACAGUAGAAUGGGAAAAACUCAAGACGGGAGACUGCGUAAUUACAUUCUCAAGAAAUAGCAUCAUGCUGCUAAAGAAUCGACUGGAGAAGCUGAAUAAACGCGUUUUUGUAAUUUAUGGAAGUUUGCCCCCGGAAUUGAAGCGCAGGCAGGUGGAGUUCUUUAACCGAUACUGCGCUGAGGAGGCAAACAUAGGAGAAGUGCACGACACUCACAAAGCAGAAACAGCCGACACCAGUGACAAGAAAAAGGAAACCAUUUUAAUCGCUACGGAUGUUAUAGGCAUGGGGGUGAACAUUAACAUAAAAAGAAUUAUAUUUUAUUCUUUGCAAAAAUUUGAUGGAGAUAAAUUAAGACAGCUAUACCCUUCGGAGGUACUACAAAUAGCAGGGAGGGCUGGAAGAUUUCAUCAUGGUGUUAAAGAGCCCAUAACUGGUUACGUCACUUGCUUUCAUUCACAUGAUUUAAACAUUAUUAAAAGAAUUUUUAGCAGCGAAAAAUAUGGUGUGCUGGAUGGAAAAGUGUUGGAGUAUAGCCAUUCGGAGUAUUCCACUUUUACACAUAAUUAUGAUCAGCACGUUGAGUCCUCUAACCUUUUGAGAAGAAACGAGGAGGGGAGAUGUUCAGAUGGGCAAGGUAGCGGCGCUCACAUGGACAGGCCAAAUGACACCGCCCGUGAUGUAGCACUGUUCGGGGAAACUUCUCCUUCCCUCAAAGGGCACAAAGGGAACAUAUUAAAGAACGCCCAUUUGGUGGAUCCCAUUUUUCAACAAACAGAAGAAACAAACAACACUUGUACAAAGGCAGGAUUUUUUCCUGACUUUAACAUGAUAAAUAAUUUGAAAAAAAUGCUAGAGCAUGAACACAAAGCAAAAGUAGAGCUGCAUGAAAUUAUGACCAUACUGGUAGAUUACGCAAAGCUUAAUGAGCAUUAUUUUUUCCUAACAAAAAAUUACAACCAAAUGAUAACCAUUGCUAAAUUUUUAAAAGGCAUAAAACUGGACAACGAAACUCUCUUUGUGUAUACCCUUGCCCCAAUAAAUGUAAAUGAUGUUAAUAUAUUAAUUACGUUGAGAACCUUUGCUUUGUGUCAUGAGCUGCUAAAUUGUGUGGACUUUUUUGAGUGCAUAAAUGGAGAUAUUGUACCUGCUGCGGCUACUACAGGGGGGGGGGUUGAGGAGUUAACAGGGGGGCAUUGCUGCUACUCGGGUGCCCUCACGGACGGCUUACCUUUCCCAGGAGGCACCCUGGCCAUGAAGAGGGGCGUCCCGCAUAGCGGCGUCCAGAAUAGCGGCAACGCGAAUGGCAGCAUCGCGAAUGGCGACGCCUCCCCUUCAAAUCGUAAACAGGGUAAAGAAGAAUUAUCAAAUUGUCGCACCGAUGGGGAGAUUUCCGCCCACUCGGCGACGGACCAGAGUGCAAUUCGCCUUGACUUCCCAUUCAGCGUAACUCCAUGUAGCGCGUCCCAGGACCAUUCCAACCACCCGCACGUGGGGCUAGAGGAAUGUCUGAGCCUGCUGGAGAUUUACUAUGAAGUAAUCGACCUGUACUGCUGGUUACACACAAAGUUCCCAAGCAUUUAUACAAGCAUAGAUUCAGUAAACGAUGAAAAAAAAAAAAUCACCAACGCAAUUAUACAAGUGUUGGCACAGUCGUGCGAGGGGGAUGAGGCUGUUUGGUGGGGGAACACCGCUGCAAGGGAAAUAAUAAACGGGCUGCCCUUCCAAAAGAAUCCAUGA